AUGGAUAGAAUAUCCGUGCAGGAUCACCGAGCGGUGUACGAACAGAUGUGCAAAGAUUAUUUGAAUUUGAAGCUCCUAGCGCAGCACGCUUGCCUCGGUCGGGAACAUUUGGAGCGCUGUAAAAACUCCGUACGAGAGGAGAUCUGCUCCAACAGAAAACUGUGCCGUGUUACAGAAUUCGAUCAUCUUGUGGUGCUGCUGGAACAAAGAAAUCUUCUCAGUCUGUUGAAGCCGGAUCUGAUCGGACGGUUUGAAUUGGUGCUGGAUGCAAAAGAUGUUGCCUGUGCCUUGAAAUCGUACCAGAGCAUGUUAAGUUCACAUUAUGCAGCUAUUCGACGAUUUCAUUUAGAAGAUUUGCGUCACCGGGAUCGUCGAACACUUCUUGAAAAGGAGGUAGAAAAGAUCAAACUGCACGAAGCGGGUGACUCCCCGAUGACUUUGCUCCCAAAUGCAAAGCGUGACAAGUAUCUUCAGCAGCGUGAUAACGUUUACUCACUACUGCAGCUAGAACUUGGCAAAAACUGGAAAGCUUUCGGCAGGUUUUUGAACGUUUCACCAGCCGUUCUGGAAGAGGUUGAGGAACGAAACAGACACGAUCUCAAAGCGCGAAUUUAUGAGGUGCUACAAUAUGCCGAGAUGCAGUUUGCUGACGAUACACUCGAUCGUUUUGUCGUCAUUCUAUUGAAAGCGCUGGAAAACAGCAGGAGAAAAGAUCUGAAACGAAAAAUCGAAAGCAUGCUACAGGAAUAA